UCAUCUCCAACUUGAUAUUUGGGGCUGCGGACAUUUCCGCCAUCAAAGAAAUGCAUAACUGUAUGAUCGAGCUGGUUGAAAAUUGGAGUUCUGCUUCCAUCCAGAUUCUGGAUUUUCUUCCCAUCUUCAGGGUCUUCCCCAACCCCACUUUACGGCACCUGCUCUCCUGUGUCAAAACCCGGGAUGCCUUGAUCCAAAGCCAGAUGAAGAAACACCAGAUUCAGGAGCAGAUCCACCAAGAGUUAACCACUGUCAUCGGAUCCCACCGUGAUCCGACCUACAGGGAUCAGGAGCAGCUGCCUUACCUCCGAGCCACCCUCUGGGAGACUCUGCGCCUACGUCCAUCAGCACCUCUGGCUCUGCCUCACAUGACCAUCCGCAACACCAGUCUGUCUGGUUUCUCCAUCCCUAAGGGCACGACGGUCAUUCCCAACCUCUAUGGGGCCCAUCAUGAUGAGACCAAGUGGCACCAUCCUCUGGAGUUUAGGCCAGAGAGAUUCCUGGAGAGUGAAGCCUCUGUGGAGGCCCGACGGAAUCUGGUGCCCUUCAGCUGUGGGGCGCGGGUAUGCCUGGGAGAAGCCUUGGCCCGCAUGGAGUCGUUCCUCUUCCUUGCUUACAUCCUGCGAGAUUUCCAACUCUUGCCUGUGGCAACUGGAUGCCUUCCUGACCUCAGGGGAUCGUUUCGAUUCCUUAUUCAUUGCAAGCCCUUCUUGGUGCGGCUGGUACCCCGGGUGAGGACCCCAAAGCCCGAAAAAUGAAGCCUUUCCCGCCCUUCCUGCUGGGCGGGAAACUGAAAUCGUUCACCUUGCUUUUUGUUAGUAUGAUCUUGUUAAGCUCACUGUCAUAU